UCUCUCUGUUUUAAAAAUUCAUCACUUUUAAGUGGAAGGUGGAGAAACAGCAACGUGCAAUCGAAGGAGCUAAACCGACACGGCACAGCGGAAGCCAGUGAAUUAGGAGAACUUGCCACGUCCUUCUACUGAGAAGAAAAAAAAAGCUUCCUGGCCACCACCGGGAUAAGCAAAUUGUCAAGAGUUUAAACGCUUUAUUAGUUGCAUCUUCGAAGUUUCGCAGUUUCGAGUGUGCGUACAUAGUAAAGGCCACAUUUGCACGGUUGUAGGUGCUGAAUGCUGGCGUGUGGUCCUCGCGGUACGUCAUCUGUCUGCGCGUGACCGGUUCGGCGGGGCGUUGGUGCUGCUGCAGGGGUUCGAGAGGCCGCUGACCCAUCCGCCACACUGAUAUUAAAUCACUUUAAAAUGUCCGGAGUCAACAGCAUCGACGCCGUGAAAAGAAAGAUCAAGGUUUUACAGCAACAGGCGGAUGAAGCGGAAGAAAGGGCCGAGACUUUGCAGCGACAGGUGGAGGAGGAGAAGCGUGCACGCGAGCAGGCUGAGGCAGAGGUGGCCUCUCUGAACAGGCGUAUCCAGCUGGUCGAGGAGGAGCUGGAUAGGGCUCAGGAGAGACUGGCCACCGCCCUGCAGAAGCUGGAGGAGGCAGAGAAAGCCGCAGAUGAGAGCGAGAGAGGGAUGAAGGUGAUCGAGAACAGGGCUCUGAAGGAUGAGGAGAAGAUGGAACUGCAGGAGAUACAGCUGAAGGAAGCCAAGCACAUUGCGGAGGAGGCUGACCGCAAGUAUGAAGAGGUGGCCCGUAAGCUGGUGAUUGUGGAGGGAGAGCUUGAGCGCACUGAGGAGAGGGCGGAGCUUGCUGAGGCUACUAAGAAGCAGUUGGAGGAGGAGCUGAGAGUUCUGGGUCAAGCAACGAAGACACUGCAGGCUUCAGAGGACAAGUACUCCCAGAAGGAGGACAAGUACGAGGAGGAGAUCAAGAUCCUGACGGAUAAACUGAAAGAGGCUGAGACCCGCGCUGAGUUUGCUGAGAGGUCCGUGGCCAAACUGGAGAAGACGAUCGACGACCUAGAAGAAAAACUGAAAAACGCCAAAGAGGAGAACGUCAAGAUCCAUGCCACCUUGGACCAGACCCUGAGCGAGCUCAACAGCUUCUAAAGGUCGUGGACCAAGAUGCUCCCCAUUUUCCUUUGCCGACACGGUCAUCUCACCUCCUCUGUCAUUCGGUCCAGCCUUAAUUUACUCAGUAACUUGUCUUCCUCUGUCCCACUUUGUUAAGGCUGAGCUCAGUCAACCAUUUCCUGGAACUUUCAGCAAAGCUCUUAGCGUUUCCUCGGACCUGUUGAGUCCGCCAGUCUGCCGGCCUUGUGAUUUCGGCACCAGCGUCAUGGGUGGUUCUGGAGUGGUGGUGGUGGUGGUUUUGCUUUUUGUUUUUGUUUGUUUGUUUUUCCUUUGUUUCUUGGAAGAGCUUCUGUGAGUUUUUCCCACGUGCCAAUUAUUUGGUCGAGAUGUUUUGUUAUAGGUGUUGCUUUGGUUCUGUUCAAAUUUAAUGCUUUCCACGAUCCUUCAUCUUCCUGACCCAAAAGCCUUUUUGAACAUGGUGACUGAGCUUUUUCCAAUGAAUUUCUUUCAUAUUUGUAUUGUUUAAAUAUAAUUUCCAUGCUCAGCUUUCUUGUUUAUUGCCCCCUUCUCUCACCUUUUGUGUUUAGUUUAUAUAAGCUUUUGGAACUAAAACCACACAAGGUCACAUAUAUAAAACAGUAUACUUCAUAAUUCUGUAAAGGCUGCUAGUUUUUGAAAUGGGAGCCUUUAUUCAUAUUUGAGUCUUAAUUUUACGUGUGUUCUGUGUGGGUAUUAUGGUUGUCUUCCUGAAAUUGAACAGUUUCCUCUGUACCAGUGUAUUAGAACCACUGUGUGUUGAAACACUGCACACGUGGGGACUUAAAUCAACAAACCCCAGAGCAGAAGGAGUCACAUCAUCCAUUUUAUUAAAAAUAAUAGACUACGUUCACUUUUAAUAGCGCUCUAGUUAGGUCAUCCAAGUAGAUAGUCUUGGUUUUUUUUGCAGCAUUACCUGCCAAAUUGGAUGCUCAGGCACCUAUAUAUAUUUUUUUGAAAAGUGUGCAUUCCUAAAGAUGUUACAGACAGGGCAGCUGGGAGUAAAGUAACAUUUAAAAGUAAAUAAAUAAAAUAAAAAUAAAAUAAAAAGUAAAUAAAUAAAAUAAAAAUAAAAUAAAAAGUAAAUAAAUUAGUAAAUAAAUUAAUCAUUUAUUAGCAUAGUUAAGUGGAAAUGCCCCAAAUGCAAAUAUAAUAAUCAUUUUA